AGUUACAUUUUAUGUAGGUUGGAAAUACUCAAGGUCUCUAAGUGAAAGACCAAAUACUGCAGUAUCAUGAUUAGAAUAACUUAAGUUAUAUUUUUCAAGAAUACAUGGGAAUAUAUAAUUAAUUUAAAAGUAAAAAAYUUMAUGUAGCAACUAAAAAAAUUGAUGUAGCAACAUUCCUAGAAGUUAUGAUUAUCUAGCUGUGAGCGAUCUGUAAAAGGUUAUUAUAUUUCACCUUACUUUUUACCUGGGUCCCAGUAUGUUUAGCUAACAUUCCACUGCUUGUACUCSGUGUCAUGUGCCAAAGAUGUUUAGCAUGACGAGGAACGCAAUAACGGCUAAACAUACUGGUACACAUAAUAAGACUAGAUCUCCCCCAAGUGGAGAAACAAAUUAUAGACGGCCAAGUUGUUGCGGAAGUGACAACAUUUCGGAAAACGACAGAUGACAGCGAAAUAGCUAUUGUAAAUGAAAUUGUUGUCCACAAAUAAACUGUACAAUAAAGACGUCGACGAAAAGGCUGCAGGUCCUAAUGUGGAGGCAGAGCAGAACUUGCGUUGAGCACCUGCCUGUGUUGCCAUGGGUUCACCCCCCUUGUUCCUGCUCCUCCUGGGCCUGACCCCUAUGCUCUGUCUGACUGUUCAUAACCUCCACACGUCCGCCCCUCCCGCGGCUCCUCCACCCUCCUGUGGGCCGGGCCAGUCCUGGGCCGUCCGGUUGCACACAGACUCAGAGCUGCUGGAGGCUGACGGCUCCACCCUGCACGAGCUGGCCAGCAUGGUGGCUGAGCAGGCUGGCCUGGAGAACAGGGGCCAGAUAGGGCAGCUGGAGGGCCACUACCUGCUCUGUGCCGGCCCCGAGGAGGAGGGCAGACCGGGGGACGUGCUGGCAGCCCACCCUCAUGUGCUCUGGCACUCCCAAGAGCAGGUCCUAAGCCGCUCCAAGAGGGCAAUGGCCUUCAACGACCCCAGAUACCCCUUACAGUGGCACCUGCAUAACGAUGUCAGGGAGGGCAUGGACAUCAAUGUGACUGGUGUAUGGGAGCGCAACAUCACAGGGACAGGGGUGACAGUGGUGGUCGUGGAUGAUGGGGUUCAGCACACCCUCCAGGAUAUUCAGCCAAACUAUAGUCCAGAGGGCAGUUAUGACUUGAACUCCAACGACCCGGACCCCAUGCCCCACCCGGACGCCCUCAGUGACAACCACCACGGCACGCGCUGCGCCGGGGAGAUCGCCGCCGUUUCCAACAACAGCUUCUGUGCUGUGGGCGUGGCCUAUGGCAGUAAAGUGGCAGGUAUCAGAGUCCUGGAUGGUCCGCUCACAGACAGUAUGGAGGCGGUGGCUUUCAACAAGCACUACCAGAUCAACGACAUCUACAGCUGCAGUUGGGGUCCUGAUGAUGAUGGKCGCACUGUUGAUGGACCACACCCCUUGGGCAAGGCGGCGCUGCAGCACGGAGUGAUUGCUGGCAGAAGGGGCUUCGGCAGUAUCUUUGUCGUCGCCAGUGGCAACGGAGGCCAGUACGAGGACAACUGCAACUACGAUGGCUAUGCGAACUCAAUCUACACUGUUACCAUUGGAGCAGUAAAUGAGGAAGGGAAGAUGCCCUUCUAUGCUGAGGAGUGUGCCUCCAUGUUGGCUGUCACAUUCAGCAGUGGAGGCAGAACGCUACGCAGUAUUGUGACGUCAGACUGGUCACUGCAGCAGGGCACGGGCUGUACUGACGGGCACACGGGCACCUCGGCGGCGGCACCCCUGGCGGCUGGKAUGGUGGCUCUGAUGCUGCAGGUCCGGCCCUGUCUCACCUGGAGAGACGUGCAGCARGUCAUCACCUACACAGCCACACAGUAUGAUGUGCAAGGGGACUGGAAAAUCAAUGGAGCGGGCUUCCACCACAGUCACCAGCACGGCUUCGGCCUGCUCAACGCCUGGCGGCUGGUCAACGCUGCCAAGGUGUGGGAGAUGGUGCCGUUCCUAGUGUCCUAUCAGAGCCCAGUGCUGAAGGAGGAGGAGCUUAUCCCAGCCUAUCCGGAUCAACUCAACCUAACCUGGAAUGUCACMGCAGCUGACCUCAGGCAGUCCGGGAUGCAGACCUUGGAGCACGUGUCUGUCACCUUGACGAUGGUCCAUACUCGCCGRGGCAACGUGGAGAUUGUACUACUCUGCCCCAGUGGCAUGACCUCACUCAUCGGGGCGCGCCGUACUCUUGACAUGGAUACCUCUGGUUACUCAGACUGGACGUUCUCCACUGUGCGCUGCUGGGGGGAGAGAGCCGAGGGCCAGUACAGGCUGCAAGUCUCUGACCACAAAGACCCUGGGUUGACCCUGGGCUCUCUGAAGCACUGGAAGCUCACUCUGUACGGCUCCUCUCUGUCCUUCGAAGAGGUCAAGGAGAGACAGAGUGUAGUGGAGGAGGCUAUGGGGGGGCAGUAUCUGGACAGCAGUUUCUCCCUGCCCUGUCCUGCAGGCAUGGACAUCCCCUCUGAGACGGUCAGCCCGUUCACCUCCAAGAGCCUCAAGUCUCUGCUACUGCUGGGCUGCUUUGCUCUCUUCUGGUCCCUGUACUACACCCUGGAGGUGACCCUGGCCAACCUGGACUUUAGGGGACUGUGUCGGCGMGGCAGGGGGACGCGGGGCUCCCGCGGGGGCCGGGGGAGAGGCACUGGAACUCUGGGGGACAGCUCUGAGCUGGAGAUGCAGAGUGUGUUGGACUCAGAMUACAAGGUGCCCUUCAUCACUGGAGACACUGCCACAUAACACUGGAGAAAACCUCUGUCCUUACGACAUCCCACCCGCUGCUCAACAGUCUGGGCCUGGCACCAGUGGGGCCAACUGAACUGGAGACMGAACUAUGUGGGCUGGAACUGUGUGCUCACUGGCCAACCCAUUGCUCCCCAAGCCUGUGGCCUUUUAUCAGUGUUGCAGUGCCCCAUGUGUGUGUGAGUAAGUGUACUGCGGUGGAGCAACCUAAACCUCCUGGAUCUCUCAGGACCCUCCGGUCUCACCUAGCAGUGCUAUAGAGGUGGUAGUUUGGCUUGGUCUUUGGGUUGGAGUAUAUAUCACUAGUUUGGUUCAGUCCCAUACCUGGGUCUUUUAGUGUGGGACUAGGUGUGCCAGACAACCAGACAGAGCAUCACUCCCGGGGCGGUUUCCUGGACAACCAGACAGAGCAUCACUCCCGGGGCGGUUUCCUGGACAACCAGAGAGAGCAUCACUCCCUGGGCGGUUUCCUGGACAACCAGACAGAGCAUCACUCCCGGGGCCGUUUCCUGGACAACGAUUAAGGCUAAUCUUGGUCAGGAUUAGGUUUAGUCUGGGUUUAUGUCAAACUUCUAAAGUUUAUUAGGUGUGUACCAUGGGAGAGCAUUACAAUGCUGUGUGUGUGAAUGUGUUUUAAAAUGUCAAUUGUGUUUGGUUUUGAGGAUGUGGUGUGAGUGAUAGAGUGCUCUUGAUUAUGGUUAUUUUUUAAUUAAAGGUGUUACUCAUAGGAUUUUAUAAAAAUGUUGCAUUGUAAUUUCAGAAAAUGUCCAUAAUACACUGUGUACAAAACAAACACCUUCCUAAUAUUGAGUUGCACCCU